AUGCCACAACCUAGGUGUCUCAACCGCAACCGCAACUCCGGCAGCCCAACACCAUCUCCCUUUGCCCCAUCGGCCAUCACCAGAUCAACGAUUUCCUGUCCUGCGCUAAGCCACCGGUGCUCCUCAGCAAGCAGGGAAACAGAAACACCAAUCUCAUCCAAAGCCAUCAAAGCUCACCAGAUCACUUGGCUCAUGGUUCCAGAAAGCAUCGCAUCGGCCAAUCCAAUUUUCUCCAGAAAUGGCCCGAGCUUCUUCAUCACCUUGUCAAACCCCUUCCCGACCACCAUCCCGCCAGUCCACUCGCAUCAGAACCCCAGCCUGCUCCAAUCAAGAUUCUCACAGAAGAUCAGCAGUUCUGCUACCAAGUCCUAA